UGAUUGGUCUUGUUCUCUACAUUGCUUCCAAUGUGGAAUGCAUAUCUCGAGCUCGGUUGAAUCAUACAUUCUCCCCACUCGGUUUCCACCGACAGAAGAAGCUGUUCAGUAUUUUCAACAUUGUUCAAUUCAAGAAUGACCCGUGCUCCGCUCUUUCGGGAGGAGAUUUGAGAGGAACUUGUUUGAGUGCUCAAGAAUGUUCCACCCAAGGCGGGUCAGCAGAUGGAAAAUGUGCUGCAGGUUUCGGUGUUUGUUGCCUCUUCAGGAUAACCGGUUGUGGCGGUUCGGUGACCAAGAAUUGUACCUACGUCAGGAAUGCCGGCUUUCCUGCUUCCGACCCAAAUAACGAUAGAAUUUGUACUGUGACUCUCAACCGUUUUGCUAAUGAUAUUUGCCAAAUUAGGUUGGAUUUUCAAUCGACGACCACGUUGCCAUUGGGAACAGAUGCCGGUUCCUGUGGUGGAACGGGAGACAGCUUGUCGGUGAUCAGUCCACAUUCCUCUUCGCGAAACGCUUUUCCGCCGGCAAUCUGCGGCAUUCUCACCGGUCAACAUAUGUACUUUGAAAGUGGACGAAUGGGUGGUUCUGCGGGCCAAAUUGACAUUUUCCAAGGCUCAGCCCCAGGAGAAAGACGAUUCAAUAUCAAAGUGACUUUUAUUCAUUGCAACAGCAAGGUCCGGGCCCCUAGUGGCUGCACUCAGUACUUUACGGGAUGUACAGGAACAAUUAUGUCGUAUAACUUCCCGGGUGGACAAUUGUUGGGGGACCAGCUUUAUGGCAAUUGCAUUCGACAAAACGAGGGAUAUUGCUCAGUCCAAUAUUCGGAAACUCCCAUCACGAACCCUGAUCCAUUCGAUUUGGAUGCACCGGAUCCCAACGCCAGUGUCACGGACAACUGUAUGAUGAAAAACCACAUUACUAUUCCCAGCAAAGUGACCGAUCUUUUAAUGGCUUCAACGCCAGAUCCCCAACAAGACGUCGUUACUUAUGCCCCUUCCAUGCGAUGCAACACCGUUUUUGGAGGUGCCCCAAGAACCACCAUCCCAGGAACAUUAGUUUCUGAAGCGGACGUCCCAUUUGUGGUGAAUUUGCGAACCUUGCCCAGUGCGAGUGGCCGAUUGGAGUCCUUCUCCGGAUUCAGCUUGGAUUACACCCAGGUCCCUUGCUGAACUAUUGUGCAUAUGUAUUCUCUUGUAAUGUCAACAGCUAAUAAAUUAAAACGACGAUCUUUUCAUUGCUACACAAA